AUUCAAACUAAGACUAGAUCCAAUUUCAACUGCCUCAAUAUGAACAGAAUGCUGCUCUACUCAUUGGUUAUCGUUGCCCUUGCUUUUGUUCAGGCCUGCCAAAUCAAUAUAAUACAUCAUAAUCUGACAUUUCCUGCUGUGAGCCAAGUUUCCGACUGUUCUGGCCACCAACUCUGGUUUCAAAAUCGAAGUUUGACAAGGGAUCUGCCCACAUUAACCUCAGCCUACUGGAUGUCUCCUCGGCCUGAACUUUGCUACAACGGCAAACCUUUUAUGUUGGGGCAUUAG